UCAAGAUUAAGAAAAGCACAGGCAGUGACGUUAACCAGUGACUCCGUAUGUAACAAGGAACAUAAACAAGCUAGAUUAAUUGUUUCUUAACCACUUUAACGACUCUUUUUUCGUAAUUUAGCUCUAUUUUGUACUUUUUGUUACUCCAGUUAAAGAUUAGCUGGCUGUUUUAACUCUCAACGACUGCUUCUAGUGAACAAAAGCCGACACAUGGGGCAAAUAGGAGGGGAAAUCGGCUGUUACAACGUGUCAGGUCGGUGAGCCUCUCCACUUAGCAUGAUAACAGAUCACUUUCGAUAGAAAACACACGGAGAGAGCAUGGAGACAGCAGGCGGCUACAACGAGGAGGGAAGCCCCAGCCCCCCUGCUUUGCCCUCCACCAUGUCCAUAGACAGGCUGCUACCUGCUCUCCUGGAGUGCUUUGGGAUCAUCCUGUGUGGAUACAUAGCAGGAAGGACCAACAUCAUCACCUCCACUCAGGCCAAAGGUUUGGGCAACUUUGUAUCAAAGUUUGCUCUCCCUGCUCUCCUUUUUAAGAACAUGGUGUUACUGGACUUUGGAAACGUCAUCUGGCCCUUCCUGUGGGGGAUCCUCAUCGCUAAAGUGUGUGUAUUUUGCAUCGUUUGCUUCCUCACUCUAAUAGUGUCCAGUCCUGACAGCCGCUACAGUAAGGCUGGCAUCUUCUCAAUAUUUGCAACCCAAAGCAAUGACUUUGCUUUGGGCUAUCCAAUAGUUGAAGCCCUCUAUCAAAGCACAUACCCAGAGUACCUCCAGUACAUCUACCUGGUUGCACCCGUGUCCCUGAUGCUCCUGAAUCCCAUCGGGUUUGCACUGUGCGAGAUCCAAAAGUGGAAGAAUCAGGGAAACCACCAGCAGAGAAAACUGCUGAUUGUGGGACAUGUAGUCCUGCAAGUCCUGAAGAACCCCAUUGUAUUCAUGGUUAUCGUAGGCAUCAUUGCCCACUUUGCCCUGCACCAGAGAAUCCCUGCUUUCAUGGCUGAGUUUAUAGACGGCUUGGCCAACUCUUUUGGUGGAGCAGCUUUGUUCUAUUUGGGUCUGACCAUGGUGGGCCAGUUGAGGAAACUGACCAGAUCCACUGUUGUGACACUGAUUUUGCUCAUUACAGCCAAACUGCUGGUAAUGCCACUUCUCUGUAAGGAUAUGGUGGAUAUUUUGGAUAACAGCAGCAAUACCACAAACCACUCCAGCCUCUCAGAUUAUGCCUUUCUUUACGGAGUCUUCCCCACUGCACCAAGCGUGGCCAUCUAUGCUGUUUACUAUAACGCAGAACUAGAAGUUGUGACCUCUGGGAUGGUGAUCAGCACUUUUCUCUCGGCUCCAAUAAUAUAUGUCUCAGCCUGGCUACUUACCAUCCACUUAAUGGAUCCCCAGUGUCUGAUGAAUUCACUUGAGAGUGUCAGCUUUAAUAUAAGCAUAGUGAGCUUAGUGGCUCUGCUGUGGACAGUUGCUGUCAUGUUUUUAAGUAAAAAGUUUAAGAGACUUCCUCACAUGUUUACAGUCAACCUGUUCUUGGCGCAGCUGUUCAGCUGCAUUGGGAUGAUUCUGUGGAACUUUGUGGUGAAGGAAGACAACUUUGUUGCGCAAGUCCUCAUCUUCACGUUGCUGUCUACUUCACUCUACAGUAGUUUUUUGUGGCCAGGAUUAAUAGCACUCUCAAUUGUGCUUAUGAAAAAGUAUGAGGAUCUUAGAGGAGCACCAGGUGCGCUGGUCAUUGCAGGCUGGGGAAUCCCCUCUUUGGUAACUUCUAUUCUGCUCAUCUUUGGCGAAAAAAGGUCUGACGCUAUUGAUUUUUUGUUCUUCUAUGGCAAUCUACAGAUAAUUUGCACCACAGUAGUGGUCAGCUUCAGUAUACUUCUCGGAGGAGGCUCUUUGGUGUGUCUUAGUAGAGGAAGUUGGGAGCAAGAUGAAGAAAACGAAGACACACGAAGUUCAUUUGAACCUUACCAGGAUCAGGUGACUGAGGUUGAACCAGAAACUCAGACUCUCAUAGAGCCAGGAAAUGGAACAGGAGGAGAGUGUUUCAGAUGUGCCUGUGCUCCAGCCACGCCCAUGCCUGACAUGAUCAUCAGCACAAACACGAACAACAGCCUAAACUCCCUCCCAGUUCAUUGUGAGAAUGGUUGCGAGUCGACAGACUGUCUCCUUGCUCAGAUGGAUGAGCUCCAGCAGGUGAAGGACAGACAAGUGGUCCGUCAUGUGCUCCUGUGUCUCCUCCUGACUGUCUUCCUUCUGGCUAACUUUUCCAGUGGUCUGUGGUUGCUUUACAACCACCUUCAUGGGAGACUCUACUUGGAGCUGCAGUUCUUCUGUGCUAUAGCUAACUACGGACAGGGAUUUAUCUCCUUUGCUCUUUUCGGGUUGGACAAGCAUUUUAUUUUACUGCCAUUGAAGAGGUUAUAUAGUCGCUGGUUUGGAAAGAAGAAAAAAGAAGAACCAGAUCUGGAUUUACCAGAUGACAUCAGGAUGACCUGCCUUCAGUUCACCAAAUACCACAAACAGCAGUGUUUCCAUGACAUUGUGAAAAAGAGAAGGUGUGGUAUGAGGACCAUGCUGGACUGUUUCCGCGGCUGUGAGCUGGUGGAUUGGCUUCAGCAGGUGGGCUUGGCGCAGGACCGCGGCGAGGCGGUCCUCUACGCGACACGGCUGCAGCAGGGCGACGUGCUUCAGCACAUCAAGCAGGAGUACAGCUUCGAAGACAGUCAGCUUCAUUACUACUUUACUGCACCAAACUAAGGCAUCAAAGUUCACCAUCAUUUUCUUCUCAAAGGGACACAUUUCAGUUUAGACAUGAACGACACAGUUGGCACACUGUACAGAGCAGCUCUCUGUGAAGGAUGCUACGUGACAUUAAAGUCUAGUAGAGUAACAACAAACUCUUACUCUGCAGUUUAUUCCUAUUAAAAAAGGGAAAACAAUAUACAUAUUAGGGUACUUUUAGAACCACCUCCGGCAUUUUAUCUAACAUUCAUAAAAUAAUUGCUUUGCUUAACUGUGACUUGGUUCAGAAGCAUAUUCUUUCAGAUGGUCAUGCAUGUUCAGUGAAUCCUUAUUAAGCCACACAACCAGAGCCAAAUACUUGAAGAUAAAACUGAAUGUGCAUAUACUGCAAUUAUUUAUCCUUGGUUGUGUGGGGAAAAAAUGGCAUAAGAGUUUUUACAUUACUGAAUGGGAUUGUUGAUCCUGUGCGAUAAAACAAAAACUCUCAUAUAAGUAAAUUUUUAUGCAGUAAUUGCACAAGUCGUAUCACUGUAUGAUUGAAGCACAAAGAGGCCAAGCUGAUAUUGCAGGGAAAAAGUGCUACCCAUCUACUGAAUGUAUUUAUUUUUUAAAUCUGUACACACAUUAUAAUUCAUCGACCUAAAGCCAGCCCCCUAAAUCCGGGGUCUGCAACCUGCAGCUCUACACUUGUAGGUCAUCAGACCCUUUAGCGUGGCUCUUUAUGGCUUAAAAUGCAUGAAGUGACACAGAAACAAGCAAAAAUGUUGUACUUGAAUAAAAACCAAUAGAAAAUGCACAUUUUUGGAGGCAUUUAAAAUAUUUCCUUUGAAUUUAUAAAGAAGAAUGACACAAUACGAAAGCUUAAUUUUCUUCUUCUUCUUAGUCCUGUUAUGUCAUUCAGCUGCAAAUUGUGCUUUAUUUUAGUUUUAAGUGACCUAUCAUUUCUAAAUAUAGUAAAAAAAUAUAUAUAACUUUCCUGCAAAAAUCUAAUGUUUUUGUUCUAAGACCUGAAAUUAGAAUUGAAAUAUAUAGUGGUUCUUUAGUUUAAAAAAUAUUUUUUUAACAAAAUCAAUUAAUUAAAUGUUUAUUUCACUUAACACAUAUUUUUUAAAGGUGAGGUAGGUUUUAAAGCUGUAGAAAAAAAUAUUUAGAAGGAAGAACGUUGAAAAUGUCUGGAUCGUAAAGGCUAAUAAACCCUGACCUAAAGUGAUAAAGGGAAGACAGGAUUAUAUGUUCAGCAUUUAUUAAAGUAAGCACGGGUAUUGUUAUUUAGAAGUUUACAGUUUUCUGAGCAUUGAGUGGAAGGGUUAAAUUUUACAGAUAAGGCUACCAGUAAAAAAUGGUCAUAAACUGGGUUUUGCCUGCUUUACUGAAUGCACUGAAAGUCUGUCAUGUUACACAAUUUGAUUUAGAGAUCAGUAAACUGGGUUUUGCCUGCCUUACUGAAUGCACUGAAAGUCUGUCAUGUUUUACUCAUUUUCAAUAUUUAUAGAACUGCUGUCCCAUAUUCUGUUAACUAAAAGCAUUUAAUUAAUAGCGAUAUUGAAACAUUGUUUUCGUUUACACAUUCAUGUGUACUAUUAGGGCCGUUGUAGAUAAAAGAAGAAAAUUAUUGGCCAAAGGGGAGUACAUUUCUGACAAAAAAAUCUCAGAAAUUUCAAGAUUAAUUUCACAUAUUUACAAGAAAAAAAAAGUUGAUAUUUUAUGAUGUUGAAUAGUUUUAAAUUCAUAAGAAAAAUGUAGUUUUCAGUAAUUAAAGGCAGAAAUUUCUGCCUUUAAUUAUGGAUUUAUUUUUUUUAAUCUGCACCUUUUUGACAUCAGAAUAUCUAUUUUCUUGUACAUAUGCAAAAUUAAUCUAAAAAUUGUUGUUUUUUUUGGGCAGAAACAUACUCCUCCAAGAAGUGCAUCUAGAUAGAAAUAAUUAAUCUACCAUCUCCCUAAUGCACCGGUACUACUGUAUUUCUUUCAGCAUAUAAUACUGAAAUCUUCAUAUUUGUUAUGUUAAAAUAUUUGUUCUUGAAGGGAAAUGGGGAGCUUCUUGUCCAUGUUUGUGGAAGACACAUUUAAAAAACAAAUGAAAACCUGGAUUGAUUUGCAGCUGAAGACCAAGACGAUCAAUAUGUCCAAGUAGUCAAUCUGAUGAUUGAAUGGUAGAAAAAUGUUCCGUUGUUGACUUGAAAAUGCUCAUCUUGACUAACCUCUAAUGCAUAAAUCUUGUUAAAUAAAGUUUAAUGCUGCUAUUUUAAUUAUUUUCAAUAAAGAGAUGAAUUGUCUGUUUUUUUUAAAAAUUGUUUUAUUAAUUUUGUUGCAAGUUUUUAAUAAAUCCUUCUUUAAUAAAC